CGCCUCCCACUUACGCAGAAAGAGAAGCAGAAACUGGUAUAAUAUGUCAAAACGCAGGUCUGUCUGUCAGUAAAGUGUUGAUAGAAACUGAAGUUAAUCGUCUUCAAGAUUUGUUUUGUAUUCAGUGUUUACUCACCUAUUGAACAUGGGGUUCCUGUUGACCAAGAUGAUGUCUGUGUUCGGAGACAAAGAACACAAAGUUAUCAUAGUGGGUUUGGAUAAUGCUGGGAAAACAACAAUCCUCUACCAGUAUCUGACAAAAGAGGCCGUCCACACGUCACCCACCAUUGGCAGCAACGUUGAGGAGAUCAUUGUCCGCAACACUCACUUCAUGGUUUGGGACAUCGGGGGACAGGAGAGUCUGAGGGCCAGCUGGUACUCCUACUACUGCAACACAGAGAUUGUCAUUCUGGUUGUGGACAGCACCGACCGUGAAAGGCUGACUGUAACAAAAGAGGAGCUGCAUAGAAUGCUUGCUCAUGAGGACCUGCAAAAUGCUGCCAUUCUAGUUCUGGCAAAUAAGCAAGACAUAAAGGGCUCGAUGACAGCGGCGGAGAUCUCUCAGUGCCUCACGCUCGACUCCAUCACAACACACUCCUGGCAUGUCCAAGCCUGCUGCGCUCUAACUGGAGAAGGUCUUCCUGCCAGCUUGGACUGGAUGAAAGCGCACGUUGUUGCAAAAUGAUGCUCCCUAGAGUGGAUCGAACUUCUUAAAGAAAACUGAGCCUCCCCCUAUCUGUGCUAAGGAGGCUGCCUUGUCAGUAUGAUUUACAGCAAUUCGGGCCAGUGUAAUAGAAUCUGAAGCAAAGC